UUGGCGUGAAGAGUGUAAGUGAAGGCUGUAGAGUGCUGUACGUUGUUUUUAGUAUUUGUGUGACAUGCGCACACACAGCCAGCCGCAGCGCCACCGACCUGCCGUCCGACACCGACACAUCGAGAGGAGGGACACCGAGAGACACCGCAGCAGCCGCGGGAACGUGAAGGGGACGGGCUCGGGGGCAGACGGAGAGCGGUCCUGUCUGUCAGAGAAUGCCACAAAGAAGUCAUCGCCGAACCAAGAUGCCGCCCCGUUCUCACAGCCUCCAGUCCAGCGGACUGACGCUCUCUGAGACAAGCAUGGGAUCCUUUAAGAGAAGAAAGAGGAAAUCCAUAACAGUGACGGUGAUGCUGCUCAUUGUGUCUGUUCUCAUCCUCGUUUUUGGCCUGGCGGCGACCACCCGGACACAAAACAUCACUGUGGGAGGCUACUACCCAGGAGUUAUUCUCGGCUUCGGCUCUUUUCUGGGAAUCAUCGGUGCUCAUUUGAUAGAGAACAAGAGGCAGAUGUUAGUUGCAUCUAUUGUCUUCAUCAGUUUCGGAGCAGUUGCCGCCUUUUGCUGCGCUAUUGUUGAUGGAGUCUUUGCAGCGAGGCACAUUGACCUCAGGCCUCUGCAUGCAGGGCGCUGUGGGUAUCUCUCCAGUGAUUCUGCAUCUGAGCUGGACGUGCCGUGCCACACGUCUCGGUCGUCGUGUAAGCUGCAUGUGAAGAGCAACACCUGUUAUUGCUGUGACCUCUACAACUGUGGGAGAGAACCUCUUAUGGGACUUCAGAAUAAAGAUGUUUUGAAAAAGUUUAGGAAGUCAUCCAUGAUUUGGAACCGAGCUGAAGUGAUGGGAGGCUACCAUGAAUACACAGAUGUGAAAAGCUGCCAGGACGUUGUGCACCUUUACUACCUGCUGUGGUCUGCGACCAUCCUGAACAUCGUGGCGCUUUUUCUGGGCAUCAUCACUGCAGCUGUGCUGGGAGGCUUCAAGGACAUGAUGCCUGCUCCUGCUUCAGAGACGACAUCUGAACCGGAGGCCAUCGCUGCUCCUGUCCCUCCUGCUCCUCCUCCUCCCACCACUUCCCUGAACCUGUACCACAACACUGCCCCCUGCCUGCCGCCUUACACCGCCUACGACCUGCAGGGUCCCUUCCCGUUCCCGGACUCCUCAGGCCUCUCUGAUGACUCCCAGUCUGGAGCCAGCCACCUCUGGCCCACCAUGAUCCCUCCUCGCUACUCCCCGCCUCACGAACACCCCGACGAGAAACCGCCGCCGUACAGCCCGUAGGCCGGCUCCAGGCCAUGGAAACACCUAAGGACCCGUCAGGAGCCUCUCGCUCAGAUUCUGCUGGCUUUUCUUCACAAACUCUGAACAAUGCGUUGAAGGAAAAAUAAGCGAGGGGAGGACGACCUCGGCGCCGGCUAGCAGGACUAGCGCUGGGACUCGGUCUGGCCGUUUCUGUGCGUCCAUAUCUGAGAGAGAGACGCAGCCUGCUGCCCGGCAGGUUUGUUUACACAUCUAUCUGCCUUAAUGCAUACGGACUCUGAACACUGCGCCAUUUAAAGACUCUUCUCCUGUACAGAAACUCUCCUCCAGCUCAUAUGUUCUUCACGUGUCAUUAAUGGAAACUAAAAAAAACAAGCCUUUCUGCCUCAACUGGAGCAGAAGAAAUUCACUGAAAGAGACUUUAUCGCUUCGGAGUCCAGAUAGGAAUCAAGUUGAGAAUCCAACAAACUGUUUCUGAAUUGGUUCCUAAACGUCUCUGACUGCAACUAGAAGGAAAUGUUUAAUGAAAGUGUUACAUGCUUAUGUUUGUACAGCAGCAUGUUGUAGUUAGCAGCACAGCUAGGCCUGAAGCAGAUCAUGAUAUUUAUUUCUGUUCUCCUCUGUGUGGUGAACAGCAACGCUAUUCAGGAAAUAAACUAUUGAAUCUACUACAGUAGCUGCUGAGGAGACACAUUUAACUCUAUUUAUUCUAUUUCUACCAAAAGCUGUGAAGCAGAUCUGAUUAAAUAUGUUCAAGAGGAAUAAACUUCUGUUCUGUUUGGAUCAGGAACUUUGAAUUCCUGCUGAAAGUGAAAAACCUUCAGAAAUACACUCUUCUGAUUCCAUCCAUCCAUCCAUCCAUCCAUCCAUCCAUCCAUCCAUCCAUCCAUCCAUCCAUCCAUCCAUCCAUCCAUCCAUCCAUCCAUCCAUCCAUCCAUCCAUCCAUCCAUCCAUCCAUCCAUCCAUCCAUCCAUCCAUCCAUCAAGUUGUUCCUAGACCUGGUUGGUGUAAAUUUAAAAUAACCUGAACACAUCAUCCGUUUAAAUGCAUAAAAAUGCAUCUCAAUAAAUUCAAAAAUCUCCAUAAAAACACAAAACUUUAUCUCUAAAAUAACAUUUGAGAACUAAAUUCAAAAUUUUAGCACAAAAACAUUGUUUAAUGCUGACUUAUGUCACUGUCACGAAUGCAAAAUUCACAUUUUGCAUAUUUUUAAGCUUCUUUUUGGGUCUCAAUUGCUUCUAAAAAAAACACAAACACUUAAAAAAAACAUGUAAUUGUUCUUUGGUUACCUAGCAACCCAAGCCGAGCUCCAGCAUGUCUGGUCAGCUGGCUUUACCACUGUCUGUAAAAGACAAAGGUUUUCUUAUUGACUUAUUUUCCGGAAAGCACUUGCUGCAUUCUCAUUGGUUGUGCAGGAGGUGCCACUUCUGCUUUUCAAAGACGCACAGUUGUACAAUUGCACAUUUGUCUACAGCCAUAGCUGUAAAUGUUGAGUUGGGAACGUGGCCAGAAGCAGCUUAUUUAGCUUUAAAGUGACAAGACGCCCUAAAACGGCUCAUUGUGAAAUGGACAAAACUGAGCAGAUUAAAAUGUUAUUAUCUUAAUGAGUUUGUACAGAAAACUUAAUGAACAUGUUUUGUAUCACACAUAGACAGAUUCUAUCCUGUUCAAGGAAGCACAACAGAUCACCUUCAGGCUACACAAGAUUAUUGAUGAACUUCCCAAACAUUAAUGGAAAGUUUAGUGGAAGAAAAAGCGAUGUUCUUGAAGAAGCAACAGGAAUAACUGGAGAUGCUGAUUUCAUCUGCCAGUAGGAUGUAGUAUUUGCCCACACUGCCAAAUUAAUGAUACCUACAUUAAUGGCCUUAGUAAGAGUGUGAUACUUGUUUGGAUCAAACGGGCCUGAUCAGAACCACAUAGAGAAACUAUACAGGACAUGAGAAUAUAUUGAAACAGGCUUACAUUUCUGGUUUUUAAUUACUAUAAAUUACAUUCUAAGUUCCAUUAGAUGUAAUCCAUUGUCACAGGGGUGUCCAAAGUGCGGCUCGGGGACCAUUUGCGAUCCUCUGAAGGACUUUUGGCGGUCCAAAUGGAGCAAAUCUGCUUAAAUGGUUGAUGAAUCCUUGUUCUAAAUUUUUACAGCUACAUAACAUCUUAAAAAUAUAUCAUAUACAAAAAAUAGAUUUGCAUUUAUUGUUUUUUUUUUUCUUUUAAAUUAAUCUUAAUUUUUGAGUAAUUAGAACCAAAAACAUUCACCAACUUUUUCCCAAAAACAAAUUUUACUUCUGAUAUAAGAAAACAAUCCAAGCAAUUUAGAAGCUCUGGACCUUUGACAACGAUCUUCCAUUUUGCUCAUUUUAAUGAAAUUUUAAUUGAGUUUUUAUUGAGUAGCUAAUACAGUAAUGAAAAGAACAUCAAACGUUUAUUUAAAUAAUAAAAGACUCCAACUUGACGACUUUCUCCCUCUUGGUGGAAAUAUUGGACUCAUUGCAUCAUCAUAAAUAAACAAAGAUUGAAUUAAAUGGCCAGUAUUUCACAUUUUCAACACAUUCUGCUGUAUUGAGAUGCAUUUGCUUCGUUUUGCUCUCACUAGUCACCGAGUCCUGCUGGUUUUCCAGCUGGAGUUUGGUGCAACAUCAUUCCCAUUUCAGUAUCACGUCUUCUCCAAUCAGUGCUGGAUUCACUGAUCUGGUUUAAAGAAGCUGAAGUGUAAACACACAUCAGCUUCUCUUGUUUAUAAGUCAGUCUGGAGCAGAUGAACGUUUCUUUCUACCAAUAAAUUAUUUGUGAUUCACGUUGUUUUUGGUAUUUUUUGCUUCACCAAAGCUGACGGUGUGACUGUCCAGAGAUCUCUGCUGAUAUUCCAAAUAAAAAAUGUUGGUUUUGA